UUCCUCCGCGAGCCCGCUUCCUGCAAGGCUGGCAUUUAAAUCGGCGCCUGGGGUUGCAGGCUGCGGCUGCGAAUGCUGAGCUGUAAGCGGGCUGGGCAGCGCCACCGCCUCCACUGAGCCUCUGAACUGGCGGGCAGGAGCAGAGUCAGAAGCAUCCCUUACCUACAUCCGAGCCAAAGCGAGAGAGGCCUGGGGAAGACCGGGGACCCCCGCACCUGGCAUUUAAUUGCAGGUUUGACUUUAUUUCCAAGAUCGCAGUCCCCCUGCCCAGUCCAGAUAUUUUUCCUCCCUCCGGCCUUGGUUGCUGGAUGAAUCUGGGGCUGGGCUUGGUCCCAGGAGUAGGGGAGGAGCGCGUUCCCGGCCCCGCGCCGUCGCCGCAGGGACCCCCAAGCCGCGCGCCCCGGCCAUGGUGAGGCUGAGCCCCGCGCUCCGGUGAGGCGGCGGCGCGGCUCGGAGCCAGGAGGGCCCGCCCUGCAGGACACCUCCCUCGACGCGGGGCUCCGUGCCCUCCUGCUGGGACUGCGCGAGGGGGCAGCGAGUGGCGACCGCGAUGUUCAGCUGGCUGGGUUCCGACGACCGCCGGAGGAAAGACCCCGAGGUCUUCCAGACAGUGAGCGAGGGGCUCAAGAAACUCUACAGGAGCAAGCUGCUACCCCUGGAAGAGCACUACCGCUUCCACGAGUUCCACUCGCCCGCGCUGGAGGAUGCCGACUUCGACAACAAGCCCAUGGUCCUGCUGGUGGGCCAGUACUCCACUGGGAAGACCACCUUCAUCAGGUACCUGCUGGAACAGGAUUUUCCUGGCAUGAGGAUUGGACCCGAGCCGACCACUGACUCCUUCAUUGCGGUGAUGCAGGGAGACGUGGAGGGGACCAUUCCGGGGAACGCCCUGGUGGUGGAUCCAAAGAAACCUUUCAGGAAACUGAACGCCUUUGGCAAUGCCUUCUUGAACAGGUUCGUGUGUGCCCAGCUGCCCAACCCCGUGCUGGAGAGCAUCAGCGUCAUCGACACGCCGGGGAUCCUCUCUGGGGAGAAGCAAAGGAUCAGUCGAGGGUACGACUUUGCUGCCGUCCUCGAGUGGUUCGCCGAGCGCGUGGAUCGCAUCAUCCUGCUCUUUGAUGCCCACAAGCUGGACAUCUCUGACGAGUUCUCAGAAGUAAUCCAAGCCCUCAAGAACCACGAAGACAAGAUGCGGGUGGUGCUGAACAAGGCCGACCAGAUCGAGACGCAGCAGCUGAUGCGGGUGUACGGGGCCCUCAUGUGGUCCCUGGGGAAGAUCGUGAACACCCCCGAGGUGAUCCGGGUCUACAUCGGCUCCUUCUGGUCCCACCCCCUUCUCAUCCCAGACAACCGGAAGCUAUUUGAGGCCGAAGAGCAGGAUCUGUUCCGAGACAUACAGAGUCUGCCACGAAAUGCUGCCCUGCGCAAGCUGAAUGACCUCAUCAAGAGAGCCAGGCUGGCCAAGGUCCAUGCCUACAUCAUCAGCUCUCUGAAGAAGGAGAUGCCCUCGGUGUUUGGAAAGGACAACAAGAAAAAGGAGCUGGUGAACAACCUGGGCGAGAUUUAUCGCCAGAUUGAGCGGGAGCACCAGAUCUCACCUGGGGACUUUCCCAACCUGAAGAGGAUGCAGGACCAGCUACAGGCCCAGGACUUCAGCAAAUUCCCACCUCUGAAGAGCAAGCUGCUGGAGGUGGUGGACGACAUGCUGGCCCAGGACAUCGCCCAGCUCAUGACGCUGGUGCGCCAGGAGGAGACACGGCGGCCCAUCCAGGGGGUGAAGGGCGGAGCCUUCGAGGGCACCCUGCACAGCCCCUUCGGGCACGGCUACGGGGAGGGGGCUGGGGAGGGCAUCGAUGACGCCGAGUGGGUGGUGGCCAGGGACAAGCCCAUGUACGAUGAGAUAUUCUACACCCUGUCGCCGGUGGACGGCAAGAUCACAGGUGCCAACGCCAAGAAGGAGAUGCUGCGCUCCAAGCUGCCCAACAGCGUGCUGGGCAAGAUCUGGAAGCUGGCCGAUGUCGACAAGGAUGGCAUGCUGGACGAUGAGGAGUUCGCGCUGGCCAACCACCUCAUCAAAGUCAAGCUGGAGGGGCAUGAGCUGCCCAGCGAGCUGCCUGCCCACCUUGUGCCCCCGUCCAAGAGGAAAGCUGCCGAGUGACGGGAGGUGCAAAAGUGCAGAGCGGGAGGUGUUAGAGGAGCUGGGAGAGGCGAUGUCACAUACACACACACAGACCUUGAGAACAGCACUGCAGACCAGAGGGGACAGUGAUCCCCAGGUUUCCAGGUGGAUCUUCAAGUUCUCGGCUUUGG